AUGACAGAAAAAGCAAGUGCAGAUGAUUUUCAAGUUCAGGAUUUUCUGAAGAAGAAGAAGAAGAAAAAGAGAAAACACAAAGAAUAUGAUAAGGAACAUGAAAAUGAUGAAAGAGAAAGCAUACAGAAUGCAGAGCUUAGCUCUGCUUCUCUACCUCUGCUUGAAGAUCAAGCAGCACAGAGUGGUGAAGGCUGUAAAAAGAAGGAAAGAAAAAAGAAGCAGGAGGAACAACAGUCUUUGUUAGAUAAUUCUUGUGUAGAACUGGAGCAGGACAUUAGUAAUGAAACUGGAGUGGAUGCUUCCCAAAAGAAAAAGAAGAAAAAGAAGCGGAAGCAUAAUGAUAAUAUGGAUGAGGAAAGUAAUGCUGUAACUUGUAUUGCAGUAAAUCAGGGUAGCUGUGAUAUUUGUCAUGGGAGUGAUGCUGAUUACAUUUAUUUAAAACCUUCUGUGAAGAAAAACAGAAAGGAAAAAUUACCCGAAGAGGGUGAGGUACAUGAGCUGCCUGAAUCUGUUUAUUCAGAACCAUCUGUAAAGAAGAAGAAGAAAAACAGAAAGGAAAAAUUACCUGAAGAGGAUGAGGUACAUGAGCUGCCUGAAGAAACGGAUGGUGUAGCGUCGCCCGGGCAAUGGCAUGAGAAUGGUGAAUGCGAUGCUUCUGCUGCCAGGAGUGAAGAUUCUAUGGAUGUACCUGCUAAUUUUUCUAAGAUGACUAAAGCAGCUAAUCAGCCUCCUAAAACCCCUCCAGUGCGCUCUAAGAAAAUCAAAAGCAAAGCCUUUAUCACAGACGAAAGCUCUUCAGAUUCUGAUGUAAAGACACCAGAACCCUCAGCAUCAGAUAGAAUGAAGAACCAGAAUAGUACCUUUACUGAAACAGUAACCACAGAUAAGGGUGUGGAUGAUGAAGUGGAUGAUGAAGACGACUACCUGAGCUCUACCAUGUCUUCAUUCAUGGAUUUGGAUACUGCAAAACGGGAACUGGAAGAGUUUAUUCCUCAUGUGAGGACUAUAUCGGAUAGUUCAGUCAUGAAGAUGGCUGGAAGAGACCUAGUAAGGUUUAAACAGUUUAAAAAACAAGGUAUGGCUGUCAAGUUUGGCAGAUUUUCCCAGAAGGAGAAUGAUCAAAUCCGGAAAAAUAUUGAAGAGUUCUUAAAGAUUACUGGAAUAGACAGUGCUGAGAAACUCCUGUUUACCUCGAGGUAUCCAGAAGAGAAAAAAACUAUCAGUCGCUUAAAAGUAGAAUAUCUUUUUUGUGAAAAACUUUCUGAGGGCAUACCACGACCCUGGAGGCUGAUAUAUUAUCGAGCAAGGAAGAUCUUUGACCCAAAUAAUUAUAAAGGGAGGUACACUAAGGAAGAAACAGAAAAUUUGAAGAAGUAUUAUGCUCUAUAUGGCAAUGAUUGGAAGAAGAUUUCUGAGAUGAUGUCCCGUUCUAACCUCUCAGUUGCUAUGAAAUACUCUGAAAUCAAGUCAGCUGUUAAUUAUGGCCCUUGGUCAGAGGAAGAGAUCCAGAAGUUAAUGCGUGCAGUGGAGGAGGUGAUUAGGAAAAGAAUAGAAGUGGAAGAUGGAAAUUCUCUUUCCAUAUCGGAAAAGUCAAAUAGAGAUAUCUUAGUUGACCGUGAGAAACUGUGCAAGAAAUUACCAUGGAGUCAGAUUGAAACUAAAGUGGGAACUCGAUAUUGGAGACAAUGUAAACAGAAAUGGACUACAAUUUUAAUAAACAAGAUGAGCAAAGGGCAGCAGUUAUGUAGGGGGACCAAAGGACUACAAGCCAAGAUCAAUCUCAUUAAAAGGUUGUAUGAAAUGAAUGUGGAGGAUCCUAAUGAUGUAAACUGGGAAGAACUCAGUGAUGCUAUUGGAGAUGUCCAUAGAGCCUAUGUUCGAUCAAAAUUUCGUAAGCUAAAAGUCAGCUGUGUCCCUUUAUGGCAAAAAAAGACUUUUCCUGAAAUCGUUGAUUAUCUUUAUAAAAACAAACUUCCGGAACUUGAAGAAAAGCUUGAAAAAGAGAAAGGGAAAAACCUUAGUCCUGACAACUCAAACUCAGCACCUGAGCAACAGAAGAAGGUUUUCCGACUCAGUGACAUUUUUGACUCUGAUGAAGAGAGUGAUUAA